AUGCCUGUGACUGCGAGCGAUGUCCACUCUGCGUCUGCGCCCUUUACUGCGUUUCCUUGCCGCCGGAGCGUGGUCCAUAGCACAAAGGGAAUAGUCUCAUGCACCCAACCUCUGGCUGCUGAAGCUGGCCAGAGGAUCCUGAAGCUAGGUGGUAAUGCUGCUGAUGCGGCGGUUGCUGUGGCGGCCGCGCUGAAUGUGACGGAACCACACUCUACCGGUAUCGGUGGUGACAUGUUCUGUCUGUUCUACAACGCCAAAACAAAGAAAGUGCAUGCGUUGAAUGGCUCUGGACGCAUGCCGGCAGGUGCUUCCCUGGACCGGGUGCGUCAGGCGUUGGGAGACGACAGUUUGACACAACUACCAAAGCUGAGCGUUCAUGCUGUUACGGUGCCAGGAACCGCUGCCGGGUGGGUGGACACAGUGGAAAAGUUCGGGAGUGGGAGGGUCACCCUUGAGCAGAUCCUCACGCCGGCUAUUGAACUGGGAGAAGAAGGGUUCCCUGUGGCUGAGCUGGCAUCUUUUGGAAAGGGUCUGAAGGCAAAAUCCGCAAAGGAAGCCCCAACUUCAAAGAGCUUCUCAGAGAAGAUAGCCAGGCGGAACCUGGCAAAGGAAGGAAAGGAUGGAUUCUACAAAGGAGAUGUAGCCAAGGCUAUCAUCCAGAUUGUUGAAGACCUGGGUGGCUUCAUGACCCUUGACGACCUCAAGAACCAUGCAGAAAUGGGCAGCCAGGAGGUUGACCCAAUCUCCCUGAAGUUCGAUCCCAGUGGCUUUGUAUCCUCCAAGAAGAAGGAAGACGGAAAGGAGGUCGAGCUUUGGGAGCAUCCACCAAACGGCCAAGGCAUCGUCGCUCUGAUGGCUCUCGGCAUACUCAAGGAGCUCUCUCGAUCCGGAAAGAUUCCUCAUUUCUCCCCCGAACAACACAAUAGUGCACCAUACCUGCAUGCCCUGAUCGAGAGUCUCCGCAUCGCUUUUGCAGACGCAGCGUGGUGGGUUACCGAUCCAGAUGUGGAGAAGGUGCCGGCCCAGCAGCUCAUCUCGCCCGCCUACCUGGCUGAGCGAGCCAAACUCUUCGAUCCUAGCAAGGCAUCGCCGGGCAUCCUAGACCAUGGCAGCCCCGCGCACAACCACAGCGAUACGGUCUACCUUGCCGUCACCGAUAAGGAAGGAAACGGCAUCAGCUUCAUCAACAGCGUAUACGAAGACUUCGGUACCUGCAUUAUUCCUGCCGGUUGCGGGUUCACGCUUCAGAACCGUGGUGCCAACUUCUCGUUACAAACGGACCACCCGAACGUCCUGCGGCCGGGAAAACGGCCAUAUCAUACCAUAAUCCCUGCUAUGGUCACCAACCCCUCAGACAACUCCCUGCACACCGUCUACGGCGUCAUGGGUGGCUUUAUGCAGCCGCAAGGUCAUGUCCAAGUGCUCUUCAACACCUUGGCGUUCGACCUGUCUCCCCAGGCGGCGCUGGAUGCCCCACGGUUCUGCAUCGAGGCAGGCAGCAAGGAGAAAGGCUAUGGACAGAUUAUCUACCUUGAGGAAGGCAUCUGCGACUCUGUGGUCGAAGAGCUUAGACGGAUGGGCCAUCCGGUGAAGGUUCUCAAGUCCUUUGACCGGAGCAAAUUUGGUCGUGGUCAGGUUAUCAGAUGUCAUACUGAUCAGGGUAAGACUGUAUAUAGCGCCGGAAGCGACAUGAGAGGUGACGGUGCGGCCUUCCCGGCGUGA